GCGAGUCGGUUGCGGGCGGCGCCUCGCUGCUUCGGGCUCGGCGAUACAGGGGUCGCCUCGCGCCGGUGCUCCCCCUGCUCGGGACAAACGGAAAACCCCCGCCCGCCGCCCGUCGUCUGCCGGCCGCGGCCCCGCUCCCCCUUCCCGAUUCCUCGUCUCGAUCCCAUCCGCCGCCCGCCCCGCCAGGCUCCAAAGCCCACGCGCCUUUCCUCCCGUUUCCCCACGCGCGCUCCGCGGCCUCCGCCCCGGCCACGCUCUGCCCCCGAACCCAAAAGUCGCUUUUCGGGCGGCUCGCUAGGGUUUUUUUUCCUGGCCAUGUCGUACCCGCUUGUCCCCGCCUGACUCGAUUCACUCGGCUGCUGGCUGCUGCGGCGGCCUGCGAUAGCCAGCUUCCGGGUUCCAUCCGACCCACACCUAUGGAGGAAGACGAGCAGGCGACGCAGGCUGAGCCGCCGCCGCAGCAGCAGGAAGGGGACAAGGAGACGGAGCCGGAGCCGGAGCCGGAGCCGCCCCGGUGCGGGAGGCACCCGUCCCAGCUCCUUACCGGCAUCUGCUCCUCCUGCCUCAUGGAGCGCCUCUCCUCCGUGCGCGACCAGCCCGAGGCCGAGAUCGUCGAGGUCGCCGCCGCGGAGCCCGCCGGGGGCUCCGGCGCCGCGGACCCGGGCAAGCUGCGGCAGACGCUCAUGCUGCUCUUCCAGCUGGACGACUGCGGCGGCGUCGCGCAUUCCUCACCAGCCAAGGACCCCCAAUCGACGGGGUUUCACUUCGGCUCUGGAGGCGGGGAUCGAGGGGGGCAGCGGAAGGGGCCCCGGUCGUGGCUCAGGUCCAUUUUGCCGAGGAGAGGGAUGCGGUGGAGGAGGAAUGGGGGCUCCGGCUCCGUGAAGGAGCCCUCGCCGCCGCCGCAGCCGCGGAGGGGGACGGCGGAUCCGAGCGCCAGCAACGCGCAGGUGGAGCGGAAGCCGAGCUUCCGGCGCUCGUGCGAGUGGAUGGCGUUCCGGGAACCGAGCAGGGGCUCCCUCGAGCCGCCACGCCACUCGUGGGACGGGUCGAUGGUGGGCAGGGCCUUCGCGUGCUCCUUCGCAUGCUUAGAGGAGCCACCGGAUGCGGCGACGAGGAGCAAUGCGGAGGAAGCGGUUGUGGAGACUCCAGCCGUGGUUGCGGAGAGCACGAAUGGGAGGCACUCAGUUGAUGCAGGUGGCGAUGGGCGGCGUUUAAGGGGAAGGGGUUCUGAUGACACUGGAAUGGAGAUGUCUGUCUCUGGAGUUGGAAGACGGAGAUCCAACAGGUGGAGCAGGGUGUGGGAUCGCAGCAUAACGAGUCCACUCAAGGAAUUUGUGAGGAAGGGGGAGCAUGUCCUUGAGCGGUCCCUGUCCGAGUCGAGGAAGGAAAUCCGGAGGGGUAAAAAUGCGGAAGCAGCAGACAUCAGUGAUGAAAUUCAUUCUGGACGCAAUGGGCAUGUGUCGGGCAGAGCAAGCCAUGGCACGAGUCGAAGCUCCCAGGCUGCAUCCAAUGGGGAUGUACAGAAUUUCCGGGCCGAUUGGCUUAAGAAUAGCAAGAUUGGCAGAAGCAGAAGUGUGCAUUAUACAUCUCCUGGGAACUUGGACAAUGGGAUGCUGCGGUUUUAUCUGACACCCAUGAGAAGCACGAGAACUGCAAACAGAGCGAGAAGGAGAAGUUCACGUUUGUUUGCAAGAGGGCUUUUUGGUUUCAUAUGAUCAGCUCAAGUAGAAUGUCGGACCAUGCCAUGUGUUUUAGAAAAUGGCAGCAGCAGAAGCAACUUUUUUUGCAAUCUACUUGGUUUCUAAGGAUUGGCAACAUCGUUGCAGAGAAUUCACAUGCCCUCAGUGUUGCUCUCUUGCAUAUUUGGCCCCUUCAGUCUCCUACUCGGCCAGCAUCCUCCUAUCCACAUAAACAUACUAUGCAGUCUCCAACUGACAUUUCUGUUCCAUCAGCAUACUUCCUGGUUUGAAAAUUACUUGGAGAAAUCGUGCUGCUAUAUGGAAAUUUGGUGUAUUAUUUCUCCAGCGCCUGAAUGCGACCUUGCUGUCAGGCAAACAAUUCUUGAAUAAAGUCAGAACAAAACCAGAGGAUCCAAUCACUCUCAGAGUGGUCCAACCAUAUGGGUAAGAAUGAAGCAAUGUAGACCAUGGACAAAGAGGAAGAUUUCAUUAGCAUUGUAGGCAAUCAAGAAAUAACAUACAAGGGAAUGAAAUGCAGUCGUGAGCAACAGUAACAUGCUUUCUAAAUAAGCCGGGGAGACUACCAGUUGCUUUCUAACUUGGCCGAAGAGACUACCACAGCAUACAUACUCCAAAUGAUAUUAAGAGCUGCCGAUGGCCUAGCCUGCAUUUCUAAAUUCCCAUUCUGUAUGGCAUCAGAGUCAAAAGCACUCUGGUGCUUGUAUUGAAAUGAAAUACAAAUGGAGAACACUCAGAUUCGAACUAUAUCUCUCAAUGUCUUUCCAGAGUUGGUAAGGUGGUAUGUGUCACAUCAGAGGUGGUGGGCUACAAUUCUUUGUGUACAUGUGGGAUUGUUAUAGCGGUGUAUAAAGUUUGGCUCUGUUAUUUCUUUCUCCAUCAACCUGAACUUUGUUGGCCUAAUUGUCUGUGCAGUUUCUUCCUCUGUAAUCCUGAACUUUGGUGCAAUUUGGCAUUGAUAUUUAAGUUCUCUUUAUGAAAUAUUGAUUUUUC